CCUCUCUCAGCAGCAGGACCCCGAGGUGCAUCCAGCCCAGCCCAGCACCAUGGGCUCCAAGCAGAUCGCCCAGGAGACGUUUGACGACGCGGUGCAGGAGAACAUCACCGAGUUCGAGAUGGAGCCCGAGGAGGCUGUGAGGGAAGCUGUGCAGCAGUUUGAGGCCCAAGGUGUGGACCUGAGCAAUAUUGUGAAAGCUGUGCGACCUCCUGCCUCUGAGAACGGGCAGAGGCAAAAGCAUCAAAUCCUGCUGGUAGGGGCACAAACUGCUGCUCUCUCUCUCAGGGUUAAAUAAUUAUAAU